AAUAAUGGACUCCACGCCUAAUGCGGCCCCUCAUCCCAACCAGAAUCGGGACUUCCUAACGCUGCAGGCCCUGCGACCUUCCCGCGGCUCCAGCUCGAAUCUGCGCGCCAGUCGCUCGCCCUCCGCCAGCCGAAGCACCGAGCAAACUUUGUAACCGUUGAAUGUUAGCCUGCCUAACUAGCCACACUUGCAAUUCGAACCAAACCAAUCAGAAUCAUUGACAAAUCGAAGACACGCGAUUUUAAGCGCUAUUAAACUGCCUGCCACUGCUUAUUUUCACCGCUCUGUCCGUCUCUGUUUUCUUGUUGUCUUUCCCCUCUAUGGCUCACUCACAGGCUGCUGUCCAGCUGUCAAUCAAGAGAGAAAUAACUCUUUCGGAACACUUGUUCAUCGCACAUUCAACACACAAACUACACUUUGAGUCAGCGCCGGGGUGCAUUAAACAGAUUUUGCAAGACCUUUCAAACGCGUAAAUACUCAAACCGCUGAGAUCUUGAAAGAGAGAUGAAAAAUAUCUUCCAGCUCUUAUAACUUCACCCGCGCCUCAUAAGACUAAAAUCUAUAGAAACGAAGUAAAAUGUCCUGUAAAUAUAAUUAAUCAUCAUCAUCAUAGUGUGAUAAAAUAAAUAAGUUUUCAUACGUUUUGAAACAACAUAAAAUCAUGCGAAAGAACUGAAUUUAUUUAUUGAGUUUACAAAAUGUAAAUCUAUCUAAGAAAGAAAAACAAAAAACAUUCGAACUGGAAGACAGCUCAUUACAUGAUCAUCUCAUCUGCAACAUACGCAAGUGAUAAAAUUCGUUCGUACUAAUGAAACGCGCCUCAUGAUCAACAGCAUUUGAAAACCAAACAAAAAUACCCAGAUUAGCCUUAGAGAAUAACCCAAGUCAUACUUUUCUAUGCGCCACAAUUCGCCAGUGUCCCGGGAGCGAGCCAGCGAGGCAGCGGCAGCCACUCAGACAGCAGCGGCGACAGCGGGCGCAGCGAGUGGACCAUCCGCCGGGGGAUCGGCGGGCGGACCUGUGUCAGCGACGACAACGGCGGCCGGAGGAGCGACUUCGGGGUCCGGAGCAGCCUCCGCGCACACGAACAGCAAUUCCUCGGCCUCCUCCAGCACAGUGGCAGCUGCACAGGCGGCUGUCUACAGCGGCGGCAACACGGUGACCGGAAGCUUGGGCAGCGGCGGGGUGGUGGCUCGUGGCUUCCGCAGCCACAGUCCCACCCACCGGCGGCGCAGUCGCGAGCGCCAGCGACGCACCCAUGGCUCCGAUCAGGGCGGCCUGCUGGCCUACAGCGGUCUUGUCGGCGUCAAUGACAUGACGGACUUCUUGGGCCCCCAGCAGGGCGGCGGGGGAGGCGGUGGCGGAAGCGCCGGCACCGGCAGCGGUCUGGAGGACUCCCGUCUGUCCGGCAACGAGGACUACUACUCCUCAUUCGUCUCCGACGAGUUCGACAGCAGCAAAAAGGUCCACCGCCGCUGCCACGAACGCAGCUCCAGCGUCCAGGCCAUCGACCGCUUGAACACGAAAAUCCAAUGCACCAAGGAGUCCAUCCGACAGGAGCAAACUGCCAGAGAUGACAAUGUCAAUGAGUAUCUGAAGCUGGCAGCCAGUGCAGACAAACAGCAGCUGCAGCGUAUCAAGGCUGUCUUUGAGAAAAAGAACCAGAAGAGCGCACACAACAUCUCGCAGCUGCAGAAGAAGCUGGACAACUACACAAAGCGGGCCAAGGACCUGCAGAAUCACCAGUUCCAGACGAAGAGCCAGCACCGUCAGCCGCGGGAAGUCCUUCGGGAUGUGGGCCAGGGCCUGCGCAAUGUGGGCGGCAACAUCCGCGAUGGCAUCACCGGCUUCUCCGGGUCCGUGAUGUCCAAGCCACGGGAGUUUGCGCACCUGAUCAAGAACAAGUUUGGCAGCGCCGACAACAUCAAUCAGAUGAGCGAGGCCGAGCUGCAGGGCAUGCAGUCCGCGAACGCCGACGUCUUGGGCAGCGAGCGACUGCAGCAGGUUCCCGGAGCCGGAACCUCAACGGGGUCAGGUGGCGGUGGACAGAACAACAACACAGGAGGAGCGGGCAGCGGCACGGGAAAAUUCAACAGUGACAAUGGCAGCGAGUGCAGCAGCGUGACCAGCGAAAGUAUACCAGGGGGCUCUGGCAAGAGCCAGUCGGGGGCCAGCCAAUACCACAUAGUGCUCAAGACGCUGCUGACAGAGCUGGCUGAGCGAAAGGCCGAGAACGAGAAGCUCAAGGAGCGCAUCGAGCGUCUGGAGACGGGCCAGAAGGAAUUCAACAACCUGACCGCCACCCUCGAAAGCGAACGCUAUCGUGCCGAGGGACUCGAGGAGCAAAUCAAUGACUUGACGGAAUUACAUCAGAAUGAAAUUGAGAAUCUGAAGCAAACGAUUGCCGACAUGGAGGAGAAAGUACAAUACCAAAGCGAUGAAAGACUACGUGACGUCAACGAAGUGCUCGAAAACUGUCAAACGAGGAUAUCGAAAAUGGAGCACAUGUCGCAGCAACAAUAUGUCACCGUCGAGGGCAUUGAUAAUUCCAAUGCACGGGCUUUGGUUGUGAAACUCAUCAAUGUGGUAUUAACGAUAUUGCAAGUGGUUCUGCUGCUUGUGGCCACCGCUGCAGGCAUCAUAAUGCCCUUCCUCAAAACGAGGGUUCGCGUUCUGACCACAUUUCUGUCUAUUUGCUUCGUCAUCUUUGUGAUACGACAGUGGCCGGAUGUCCAGGAUAUCGGGUCGGGACUUGUGCGGCAUCUCAAGCAAUCACUGGUCGUCAAGUGAUUUGGUUCGGGCUCUCAUUUACCGAGUAUUUCAUACGUUUAUUAGUUAGCCUAAGUUCUAAAGUGCAUACUUGUAUAUAGCCUAUCGAUAACGAUUAUACCAAUUAUUUUUAACUGAAAUUGUAUCAAUUAUCAACACGAACACACUCGAGAAACUGUACAAAACAUUCAUACGCAUACAACCUACCGUACACCUAAUCAUCACACCUCACUCUCGCAUCAAACCUAGCAAAAUUGAUUUAAAACUAUGUAAUAACUUGAAAAUGCUGACAUGUCUCCGUGCAUUACUCAACUAUAUUUGAACAUACAUAAUUUAUGUAUAACCUAUAUAAAAUAUUUACAUUACUAUAAAACAAUUGAAAUUAUAUAAAAUGAAAGUUUGUAUAAA